AUGGACGGCGUGUCACCGCUGGAGCGGUACCUGGAGCAGUGCGACGGGCAGGAUGACCUCUCAAGUAGUCCUCAGCUGUUCGCUUCUGUAAGCCCUUACGAUGUAGACCUUCCAAUUCAAACAACUGAAGAUGUGUUGCUUGGUUCUCAAUUUAAUCGGCCCAAAGAGCCCCUUACAGACUUCUCGUCUGUGGAUCUCAGCUUUCUUCCGGAUGUUACCCAAGAAAACAAAGAACGAAAUCUGUUUGAAGCUGGUCAUGAAAUGAAAAAAGAGCUUGAUGGAUCAAUAUCAAGAAACGAGGACAGCAGUAUCUUCAUGCAUGAAAGCAGCGUGUCCUGUCCAGAUGCAACUCAGCCAUCUCCUGAGGCAUCUGGUGCGUGCACUUCUCUGACACCAAUGACUCCUAUGACCCCAGUGACACCUGCGCCCGAAAGCUCUGGCAUAGUUCCUCAAUUACAGAAUAUAGUGUCGACUGUAAACUUGGCUUGUAAACUAGAUCUGAAGAACAUAGCUCUGCAUGCCAGAAAUGCAGAGUAUAACCCAAAGAGGUUUGCUGCUGUGAUCAUGAGAAUCAGAGAACCACGAACAACAGCCCUCAUCUUCAGUUCAGGAAAAAUGGUCUGUACAGGAGCAAAAAGCGAGGAGCAAUCGCGGCUCGCAGCCAGGAAAUAUGCACGUGUGGUGCAGAAGCUUGGCUUCCCCGCCAAGUUCCUGGACUUCAAGAUACAGAAUAUGGUUGGGAGCUGCGACGUGAGGUUCCCCAUCCGGCUGGAAGGCUUGGUUCUCACUCACAGUAUGUGGAAGUCACAGAGCUAUGAACCUGAACUAUUUCCUGGCCUUAUUUAUAGGAUGGUCAAACCAAGAAUAGUGCUGCUUAUCUUUGUGUCUGGAAAAGUUGUACUGACUGGAGCAAAAGAACGUUCUGAAAUCUAUGAGGCGUUUGAGAACAUCUACCCCAUUUUAAAAGGUUUCAAGAAAUCAUCGUAA